CCAACGUUUAGUGGACCCAAAUCUAUGAUUGACGCAUGCGUGGUGGAUGUCAAGACGAGACAGCAAAACAAAUCCAGAAACCGGACUCGAGGUCUGUUUCUUCAUGUUUCCCAUCAUUUUAACCUGACUGGUACCGGUAUCUCUGCUGGGCCUGGCCUGAGUAUAACCUGAAUUUAACCCUAACCUCAAACGAGGAGGGAGGCGCUAGGGGAAACACAGUUCUAACAGGAGAGAGACGGGGGGUAGGCAGACCUUCAAGGAAGACCUGCAAACUGCUGAUAGUUAACUUUCUUCAUUGCCACAUCAGUAUAUAGUGUACAUUGAACAGAGAGAGGCCUAAGAAGCUAUGGCACUUCAGAAACUCAGGAAAGAAGAGACUCUUGCAAUGAGGAAGAGAUUAAUCGGACGGUCAUGCAGACUCUUUUAUUCAGACGACCCUGUCAAAAUAGUAAGAGCAAGAGGACAGUAUCUGUUCGACGAAAACGGCAAACGCUAUCUGGACUGCAUCAGCAAUGUUCACCACGUUGGCCAUUGUCACCCCAGCAUUACAAAGGCUGCAACAGCACAAAUGGACCUCUUAAACACAAAUUCACGAUUCCUGCAUGACAACAUAGUCCUGUAUGCAGACCGCCUGGCUGCCACCUUCCCUGAGAAACUGUGCGUCUUUUACUUUGUUAACUCUGGUUCAGAGGCCAAUGAUCUUGCCCUACGCUUGGCACAACAGUACACCCAACACCAGGACGUUAUUGUGCUUGAUCAUGCAUACCAUGGGCAUCUAAUGUCCCUCAUCGACAUUAGUCCUUACAAGUUCCGGAAACUGGCAGGACAGAAAGAAUGGGUUCAUGUGGCACCCUUACCAGACACCUACCAAGGCAUAUUCAGAGAGAAUCAUCCCAACCCAGGCCAAGCAUACGCUGACACAGUGAAAGACCUUAUAGAAGAGGUGCACAGGAAAGGUCGUAAGAUCUGUGCCUUCUUUGCUGAAUCAUUGCCAAGUGUUGGAGGACAAAUCAUCUUACCCCAAGGAUACUCAGCUAAAGUUGCAGAAUAUGUGCGUUCAGCUGGUGGAGUGUUUGUGGCAGAUGAGGUGCAGACAGGUUUUGGACGUGUGGGAAGUCACUUCUGGGCAUUCCAGCUUCAGGGAGAGGGUUUCUGUCCUGACAUAGUGACCGUGGGGAAACCAAUGGGAAAUGGACAUCCCUUGGCAUGUGUGGCAACUACUGCGGAGAUAGCUGGAGCUUUCACGGCCAAUGGAGUGGAGUACUUCAAUACGUUUGGAGGGAAUCCAGUGUCGUGUGCAAUUGGCCUGGCAGUGCUUGAUGUCAUAGAGGAGGAGGACCUAAGAGGAAACGCCAUGAGAGUCGGAGCACAUCUUAAAGAUUUGCUCACAAAGCUGCAAGCGAAACAUCAAAUAAUUGGCGAUGUCAGAGGUGUAGGACUGUUUGUUGGACUUGAGCUGGUUACUGACAGAGAGCAGAGGACUCCUGCCACAAAAACAGCAGCAUUGGUGGUGAAGAGGCUGAAAGAGGAGGACCGAAUCUGUGUCAGUACAGACGGCCCCUGGGAAAGUGUCGUGAAGUUUAAACCUCCUAUGUGCUUCUCUACGGAGGAUGCAGAACUGGUGGUGAAAUGUAUAGACCGCAUCCUCACAGACAUAGAAGCCAGUGACCUUAAACUGGAAAAGGAAGACAUCUAAGGUGUUCAGUGCCAAUAAGACAUGACAUUCGGGAAACUGGGGGAAAUCACAUUUAAAAUGAUGCCGGCUGUAGCACAUCUUUAGCACUUGGGGGGGGAUGACUGAUAAACAAGAUGCUAAUGUGACACUAAUGAACUUGCAUAAAGACCCUUUUUUUAAGUCAAGAAACUAAUAAACUGUCAAUUCUUUA